AUGUUCUCUCUGGAGAGCGUGGCGUCCAGAAGCUCAUCCCAGUUGACAGUACAAGACGUCCUCUCAGGAAUUGGAGGCCUGUCAUCUUACUGGACAACAAUAUUCUUUGGAAAUGUAAACAAGAUUCUCUCUCUUCCUCUCUCCCUUCCCCUCACCUACCUCCUACCUCCCCUCUCUCUCCCUUCUCUGCCUCCCUCUUCCAUCCCUCUCUCACUUCCUCUCUCCAUCCCUCUCUCCCACCAUCCCUACCUUCCUAUCACUCCCUCUCUUUCUCCAGAGCCCAGCCCUGUAGGUUCAGAGGUCAGAUCAGACUCUGUAGCGUCUCUCCAGUCCCAGACGUCCCUGGGCUCCGGUCCUGGCGGUGUGUCCGUCAGUUCCUCCGGUGGAGUGUCUAUUGGUUCUCCUGGUGUGAAUGUGGGCUCCCCGGGGCCCAAGCGGAGUGGUUCCGGUACCGGGAACACGUUGAAGCGCUGGCUGACCAGCCCAGUGAGGAGAUUGAGCCAGGGCAAAGCCGACAGCCAGGGGAAAAAACCUCCACUACGCACCAGGAGACGAGACAACCGGCCCGAGCUAGUCACGCCGCUCACCGCUAACACACACCUGAAGGGGAAGAGCCGUGAAGACUCUGUCCAGAGUGGAGGAGAGGAGGAGCUGGAGGAGGAGCCACACACGCCCCUCCCACCUCCCAUGGAGAUCAUUAAAGAUAGCAACGACCCUGAGGACUCAGAGGGCUCCAACCAGUCAGACACAGAGCAGAAGAACAAAGCCAUGAGAGGCCGCAUGUUUGUGGUUAAUGAAAUGGUGCAGACUGAGAAGGAUUAUGUGAAAGACCUUGGUGUCAUCGUGGAGGGGUUCAUGUCGAGGUUGGAGGUGAAAGGGAUUCCAGAGGACAUGCGAGGGAAGGACCUGAUAGUAUUUGGUAACAUCCAUCAGAUUUACGACUGGCACCAGGAGUUCUUCCUGGUUGAGUUGGAGAAAUGUUUGCAGGACCACGACCGACUGGCAGAGCUCUUCAUUAAACAUGAGAGGAGGCUGCACAUGUAUGUGGUCUACUGCCAGAAUAAGCCCAGGUCAGAGUUUGUCGUGGCGGAAUAUGAGACCUUCUUUGAGGAGGUGCAGAGAGAGAUCAGCUGUAGAAUGUCCAUCAGUGACUUUCUCAUCAAACCCAUCCAGAGAAUCACCAAGUACCAGCUACUGCUCAAGGAUUUUCUGAAGUACACUUCUAAAGCAGGGAUGCACUGUGAGGAGAUCGAGAGAGCGGUGGAUCUGAUGUCUCUGGUACCCAAACGCUGUAAUGACAUGAUGAACCUGGGACGCCUGCAGGGUUACGAGGGGAAGCUGACGAGCCAGGGCAAGCUGCUGCAGCAGGAGACCUUCUGUGUGUGGGAGCAGGACGGAGGAGUUCUUUCCCGCAGUAAAGACAGACGCGUCUUCCUCUUCGAGCAAAUCAUCAUCUUCAGUGAGCUGCUCCGUAAAGGGUCCUCCCCACCUGGCUAUCAGUACAAGAAGAGCAUCAAGGUGAGCUACCUGGCCAUGCAGGAGUGUGUGGAGGGGGACCCCUGUAAGUUUGUUCUGUCAUCUCGGGGGUCCGCAGAGCGUUUCACCCUGCAGGCAGCCAGCCCCUCUGUCAAACAGCUGUGGGUCUCCCACAUCACUGAGCUACUGGACACACAGAGCAACUUCCUGUCUGCUCUGCAGUCUCCUAUAGAGUACCAGAGGAAGGAGGGUGGGGGAACAAACCUCCUCACCCGACCCCCCUCGGGCUUCGGCCCCAAAGCAUCGGGCCGACCCCCCUCUGUGCCCCCCACCCCUAACGGACACAACACACACACACAGGCAGACGGCGAGGCACAGGACGACGAGCUGGUGCUGGUGAUCCAGGACUUCAGUGCGGUGCGUGAGGAUGAGAUCACGGUACUUCGUGGGGAACGGGUCCAGAUUCUGGCAUCCAACCAACAUGGCCAGUGUCUGGUCUACCGACCGGCCAACACAGAGUCUCCACCUGCAGAGGGCUGGGUGCCGCGCAGCGUCCUGUUCAACCACUAACUACCAGUUAGAACCAGUCAGAACCAGUUUAGAACCAGUUAUAAACAGUUACACACAAACAGGAUGCCUUCCCCAUAACCAGUUACGGCCCAGUUACACUUCACUGAUGCCAGUAAGACCCAGUACCAAUCACACACAUCUGUUAUUAGUUACUGGUCCCAAACAGUUACACAUAGUUUAAACUAGUUAGAUCAGUUACAUACAGUCAGCUGCCCCUGUUAAACCAAUCACACACACACGUAGCAAACAUCCUCAACAACCGGUAGCAACCAUGAACACUAGUGACCAACUACUGUAGUUCCUCACACUGGUGAAAAGAGGCCAGAGAGCUGCAGGUCCAGACAGGGGGAUUUGAGGUGAAUGGACACACAGUAUGCCUAUGGAACAUCCCAACUGAUGAGGUCACUAAUGGCUGCAGCCUAUGGAACAUCCCAACUGAUGAGGUCCAACUGAUGAGGCCACUGAGGGCCGCUGCCAACUGAUGAGGUCACUAAGGGCUGCUGCCUUUGGAACACCCAAACUGAUGAGGCCACUAAGCGCUGCUGCCAACUGAUGAGGUCACUAAGGGCUGCUGCCUUUGGAACAUACAAACUGAUGAUGUCACUAAGGGCUGCUGCCUUUGGAACAUCCCAACUGAUGAGGUCACUAAGGGCUGUUGCCUUUUGAACAUCGAAACUGAUGAGGUCACUAAGGGCUUCUGCCUCAGUCAUUCCGGAACUCUGGGAUUCUAGAAUAAAACAACACUGAGAACAGCUGUCAGAGACUCUCCCACCUCAUUAAGGAACCAGACUCAAGUGGAGGGUCAAAGGUAAAAUAUAUCAGCCAACAAGAUCUGCUGGAGACAAGCAAGAAGUUACGUUGUAAUAAUGGUUGUUUUUACAUAUCGGUGAAAAAACAUAGUGUCAGCACGUGAUGUUUCUGCUUUCAUGUCAUGGGGGUCAAAAUAAAUGGACUGAACCCUCACCCACCCACCCCAACCCCGGUGAGGUGACAUCAUUUCCUGUUUGUUAAUAUGUGUAAAAGAAAGCGAAAGUCUCACCACGUAAAUAGAGCUCUGAGCGCAUUAUGAAGUAUAUAUAGUUCUUAUAUGAUUAAUAUAUUCUGUUUUUCACCUGAAUAGAAAACAGAGAGAAGAGAAGUAUUGUCACGUUAACGUCUGUAUGUGUGUGUGCGUGUUUGCGCGUGUGUGUGCGUGCGUUUGUGUACGAGUGCUUGCAUGUAUGGUGUGUGCGUGCGUGUGUGCGUGCGUGCGUGCGUGUGUGUGUGUGUGUGUGUGUGUGUGUGUGUUGGUGGUCCUUUGGGUUCUGUUUGUAUUGAAUAGAAACCCCUGUGUUCUCUGUGUUUUUUCACUGAUCAAUCCCUGUUUAAUUCCUGUGUCCCUUUGAUGUGGUUUCCUGUUCCUGUAGAGCUGCUGUUGGGCAGUGUGAAGGACUCAAGAGUGUGCAUCCUCAUACUUUUAAAUGUAACCCAGAGUUUGAACCGUAAUAUUAUGCAUUCUUUGGAAAAUAUGUAAAUAAUAUUUUACAGACAUGUACAUGAUUUAACAGGGCAAAAGGGAGCUGGGGAACACACCAGUCCAACUCCUUCAUGUUAAACAGAAACCUUGCCGCCAUAUUGGAUUUUCAGGUUUUAACUAACUGCUGAACUAGUUAACCCUUCAACUCUCACCUGCUCAGGGUAAAAGUUGCCCUUCAGCACAGAUCUAGGAUCAGGUUACUCUCUCCCCAAUCUGACCUUAACCGUGAGGAGAAACACUAAACUGACCCUAGAUCAGUGUCUGGGGGUAACUUCUAAUCCUGGUUUGUAUCUGCAGUGGCAGCAUUGCUGCCUAUAGCUUCAUACUACACAGGUUAUACAGGCUCUGGGCAAAAGUCAAAAGACAUCAUAUUCCCCAUGUAGUGCACUACUUUUGCCUGAAGCAGUGCAUUAUAUGGGGAGUAGGGUGCGAUUUGGGACCUAGACCCUCUUAGCCAUACAGGUUAUUAUACAGUGAUGUGUACAUACAAAAUGGCUGCUAUCUCACCUCUAUGAGUUCUGUAUGGUGGUUUGUAAUAAAGACCAUUUUUCAUCUCUGAAAUGGAAA